AUGACCGGCCCAUUUCAUACGUACGGCUCGUCCUGUCUGUUGACGGAGGAAGAGCCAGAGCUCACAAGCUUGUAUUCGCUGUCUGCCCCGCCAGAGAUUCGAUCUCAAUUCUUCUACGUCUCAUCCCUGCCAAUCGACGAUCCCUUGGCUCCGCUUCCAGCCGCUAGUGGGCAAGCAUCAGGGAAUGAAAGAGCUCCCCCACAGCCAUUUUCCGCAAGGGAUAAUGUCGCCUUGGAGACAGCUUGGUCGGAAUUACGGGAAGCCCAGCGGAGGAAAUCUGGUUCCAGUGGAUCCCGUUCGGGAACAUCAAAGGAACGUGCGGGGAUAGCUGUACCGGGCUAUGAAUCGGGUUUUGAGGCAAACCGCCGCCAAAAGACGGCAGCUCGAGGAGGAUCUAGCCUGGGCAGCAGCAGAGGGACCCCGAGCAAUUGGAACUCAAUACCAGAGGAGGUUGCUGGACCAUCCAGCAGCGGUGCUAGUCACCGAAAAAGGAUGUUCUCUUCGUCCUUGAAUGAAUCAAGUACAGCUAAGAGAAGGAGUCUUUCCCCGCCCGGUGAGAAUGUCGAGAGGCAGGAAAUUGCGGGUAGUCUUCAAGCACCUCCAUCUCGUGACGCGAGUAUCAGCGGCUCUCCUUUUAUCCGAGCGCCAGAUUCUCAGCCAGGAACUCCACUUGGCCGUUCUUUCGAAUCACUGGCGUCAAAGGAUGGAGCUGAGUGGCAAGCGGAAUUGCGCAGCAAUGCCCCCCACCACUCAUCUUCAAAGCCCUCGGGGCUCCGGGCGACUGUUAGUCUGGAGGACACAAGUGUGGAUGACUUCGCGGAGACAGCGGACUCGGAAGAAUCCCAGACGACGAUUCCGGUGGGCGCAUUGCGCCUUCACUUGGUUGAGUUACCAAACUUAAAGAUGAAACCAAUCUAUUGGAGCCCGCUACACGAUAUUUCAGCUGUGGUCAGGGCGACGUGGUUCUACAAGAACACCAUGCUGCCGGUAGAGACACCAGUGGCAAACCAACUGGAAGAGGGAUACGCCUACUUGAAGCCAUGGACAGAGACAUGGCAAGAUGAGCUAAACAGUUGUGUAGAAAAUGGUGCUGACGCAGAGAUCAAAAUCGCGUAUAAACUGUGGCACAAGAAUGAGCCAGGCUCUGCUAAUCCACCCGGAACUGCACAAACCGAGCAUGAGAAUGAUACUCCCUCGGCUGGGGCACAGGAAGCUUUAUCAUUUGACAAGAACCGUGCCUCUGGGGCAACAGCAGCUAAUCCUGAGGGCGUUAAGCCAUAUUUCACCUCCAGCGCUAUUUACGUUGACGCAUUAAAUGCCCAGAUUCUCCGACCAAGCCUAUUGCCAUCUGCAUCCAAGGGAAGAAAACCACUCAAUUCAAUUCGCAAAGGCCGCCAGAUCGGGAUUCCCGUAGUUCGUGGAUUCAGUCGCAAAUUGUGGGAUCGGUUGCAUCCGUCCAAGGCCAAUCCUGUGGAUGUACGGAAUUACAUUCGACGGAACCCAUCGCAAAACCCAACACCAGCCCCUGGCGAACAAAUAUGCUACGCUUGUAAGAUGGAAGAGCUGCGUCCGACUCCGACAGACCUAAUGUUUGUCAUACAUGGUAUUGGUCAAAAGUUGUCGGAGCGAAUGGAAAGCUUUCACUUUACACAUGCGAUGAAUGCAUUCCGUCGCGAAGUGAAUAUGGAGCUAAAUAGCGAGCCUGUUUGGCCCCACGUUCGUCAAGAUCAUGGGGGAAUCAUGGUUCUGCCCAUAAACUGGCGCACGACACUGUCUCUGGAAGACCCAUCCCAUGAUCCUGCGGAUAUGGAGGAUCCAUUUACGAACGAAUAUUCCCUCACAGACAUUACCCCUCAGACACUUCCUGCUGUGCGGUCACUGAUCAGUGAUGUGAUGCUUGACAUUCCUUACUAUUUGUCACAUCACAAGCCAAGGAUGAUCAAGGCAGUUGUCCGGGAAGCCAAUCGCAUCUAUCGUCUUUGGUGCAAGAAUAAUCCUGGGUUCCAGGAAAAGGGUCGCGUACAUCUCCUUGCUCAUUCUCUGGGGAGUGUCAUGGCCCUUGAUAUUUUAAGUCAUCAGCCAACAAAUGUCCCUCGCUUCAACUUUCUCGAUACCCCAUUGCAUAGCGAUGUCUUUGAAUUUGAUACAGCAAACCUGUUUCUUUGUGGAAGUCCUGUCGGAUUCUUCUUAUUGCUCAAUAAAGCGAAUCUCCUUCCUCGCAAGGGCAGAGAGAAACCAGGCAGCGAAGGUGAAGACCGACUUCGUGGCGUGGCUGGCGAAGCUGGCACCUACGGUUGUCUCGCGGUCGACAACUUGUACAAUAUCCUGCACACAACAGACCCAAUUGCCUACCGUGUCAACGCCGCUGUAGACAAUGACCUCUCGAAUUCCCUAAAGAUAGCCUCAAUUCCCAGCUCAACCUCUGGCUUCUGGCAAUCCUUUGGCAGCGUCUUCCGCUGGAGUACGUCAUCAUCGAACUUUCUUCCUUCAGCGCACCCUGUGCGUCCCGCCAUGGUCUCCAAGCUGCCCUCGAACGUCGAAAUGGAAACGCAUGACUUUACCCGUGAAGAGAUUGCUGAGAAACGCAUGUUGCUUCUAAACGAUAAUGGCCAGAUAGACUAUUAUCUAUCUGGUGGGGGUGGUCCACUCAAUAUCCAGUAUCUAAAUAUGUUGAGUGCGCAUAGUAGCUACUGGACCUUGACGGACUUUGUGCGAUUUCUUGUUGUGGAGAUUGCCAGAAAGCAGGGGAGGGACGGGACGUUGGUUGGUUUGCGGGCGGAGAAGAAGAAGGGAUAUAAGGUUACCAAGGGUUGA